UGUUGGAGCUCCAGGCGAGACGCGCAGGACGAGAUGCGCGCCACCAUCUCCCAUAGCCAACGCGUCAUCCUCAUGCAGCACCACUGCGGCCGGUCCGGCUUCUUCAAAAUCUUUAGUGGACUUAUUGUUUGAGGCGAUCAGACCAGCACUGUCUGUUACAGUGGCGAGUCGCUGCCGCCGACCGGCUCCUCCCAUCUCCCCGGGACGGCGGCACCCUGUCUCCCUUGCAGUAGGGACCGUGUCGCGAUCUCCUCCAGCUUCGGAAGCGGCACCCUUCGGCACCGCGCAUGUGGUGGACCUUCAAGGGCAUUAUGAACGAUUCGUAAUACAGAGCGCCACGGCGGCGGGGAAGGCCGGAACGCCGUGGAAGAGUCCACCGGCGGCCGAGAAUCUCGCGGCUCUGUGCCGAUGUGGUCAGCCGAAAAGGAGACACCGAGUGGGCGCGGGUGGUGUUUGGAUGGAGCCGGUAGCCGCCGCAUCUGGCAGUGAUAAUGCCCCGGGCAGUGUCGUCGUCCCGCAGCCCCUUUUUUCCCGGCCGCUGGUGGAGAAAAAUCUCAAUAUGCAGCUUCAAAGCGCAUUCGACAGCGCCAUCCGGCAGACGGUGGUGGUGGGGCGUGACGUGGGGAUCUCGCUGCGGCUGAACAACAACUCUGCGCCUCUUCCACGUCGGCACCAUGCAGCGCCUCCAGGAUCUGAUCGUCAAGCCUCUCUUCGCACUGGUAAGCGUCCGUUGGGUAUCUUGCUGGUGCGCAAAUCACCAUGUCGGCAUCCUGUCGGCACCACCACCAGCGUCGUCAUCUCUGCCCUCCUCCCCGCGGGUCCCCUAAAUCUACGCCCUCUGUGGUGUUGUGUGUGCUCCGCGGAUAACCGCUGCACCUUAAACUGCCAUAAUUCCAGUCCCAGACCUUUGUUUACCGCUUUCAGUUCGGUGUUUUUACAAUUCACGGUGUUCUUCUGUUGGCAAUCCGUCUUUGCUUCUGUUUUUGAUUUUUACUGUAUCUGUAUUUGAUUUUACUAAUUUUAUAUUUUUUAAUGGGAUUUUUUUGAUUUGCGCUGUCAUUUUUUCCAUAUUUACUUUCUAUGGAUUUGCAAAUUUAUAAUUGGUGUCUAAUGAGAAUUUAGUGUAUUUCCAUUGGCAUUUCGUUAAUUGUAUUUAGGGGAAUGCAAAAGAAAAGUGGUAACAGAUAUUGGAAAAUAUCGGAAAUAUGGAGGUUGUGUGGUGGCGAAUA